GGGAAAUUCAAAUGUAUAUUUAUUUUAUACCGCUGAAUAAAAGUGAAAAGCCGCAAAAGUUGUUCUUUAAAGUUUCAACAAUUAAUUAACUAGUUAAUUGUACUUAAAAAUAAUUGAUUAUUUGGCACGGUGUAGGUGUUAGAGCGAUGGCGAAACAACCCAGCCGAAGUGAUCGAGAUCGCCUUGACCGUUCCAAUUCUGGCGGAGGGCGGAAGGACAGCAGCAGUAGCUUAAAAAGAGAUCGUCUAUCGUCCAAGGAGGACAGGCGGCUCAGAAAUGAAAGAGAACCACUAGUGAAAUCCGGCAGACUGUCGUUAUCAUCAUCCUCCUGCGGUAAAUCCGACCCUUCUAGUUCAAAACAGACCAAUUCAUCAUCUUUUGGGAAAACCAAUCUAAUCCCACCCACAGAAUCGAAGAUGGACGUGGAUAAAGAUCCAGUAACGUUGAAUAAGAAAGAGUUGUAUGAAAGCGUUGUCGAGCAUGAGAACAAUUUGGCCAAAUCUCUCAAUGCAACGCAAAGUUUGAGCGAAGGUCACAAUAUUUGUGCAGAACUGGAGAAGAAUUUGCAGGAAAUUAUGUCCAUGCUGACGACACCCACGACAGAUGAGGACGAUUUUGAAGACAAAAUGGAAGAAGGUCUAAUGAAGUUAUCGAGCCUUCGUUUAAUAAAUCGGAUGAUGAAAUUGAAACUAAAGUCGGUCAAGGACGAGCAGCUCAGUGUGAGAAGUGGCGUAGAUUCUGAUCACCUUCACCUUCAAAACCUUUUGUAUGAAGCGACAAUAUUGCAAAAGCAAGCCGCAGCCGUUCAGGAAUAUAAGGGAAAAGACGCAUUAAUUGAUCUCAUUCCGAUCGAGCAAUUUUAUGAAGAAGCGCCAGAGAAGAUAACUAAAACCAAGUCUACCAAAUCGGAUCCACACUUACAACGAAUCGCAAGACUAGAGUACGAAUUUGUUCAAAGACGAAAACUUACUGAAGAUUGCAAUUCCUUGGAGAAAGAAAAGGAAUCUGCGUCCAAACGUAUUACUGACACGCAAGGAAAACUUGACAGCAUUUGUCCCUUGUUGAACAGCAUCCUGGAUGCGACAAAACCUCUCCAGCAGAUUUUUGGAAUUGAAAUAUCGUCGAAAAAGGAAGAAAACGAAAUCGCACAAUAUCUUCCGGCAGAAUUGUACGUUUUGUUCGUUCAGUCGAAUGCGUUCAGGGAAGCAAACGCAGAAAAAAUGGAUUUGGUAGUUCAUCUACGUGGAAAUGUGGAGGCAGCUAAAGAAUUAAUGGUCACCCCAGAAGAAGACAAAGAUGAUUCUGAUUCCGACAAAGAGCUGGAUUUCGAUGAGACGGAGACAUCAAGAAGAGUAAUACGGAAAAAGAGCUCAAAUAACUUAUCACGGGAAGAUGCGAAGAACAAAUUAAUAGAAAAACAUCCCUUGUGGAUUGAGUGGAUCGUUAGCUCGAAGGGUUCAAAUGCCGUACUGAUUCAAUUCUUUUACCUGAGAAAACUCAAAAUCAUUACGGUAAAGGCUAAAACGGUGGACGACGUCAACAAAAUUCCAGAUUGCGAAAUCGCGUCAUCGGAGAGUUUGUUGGAAGACUUAUUUCCAGACGAUACGGGAUUAUACAGCCCAAAUCCGGCUAAUCGGUACCUACUUCAAAAAGUUGAUACGAAGGAAAUUGCAGAUUUUGUGUCCGCGACGGGCAGACCUUUUCUCUGGGCGCAGAGACUCGCGGGUGUGGAAUUUCCUCCUUUGACUGAGCAUUCCGAUGCAAAUGACGAAAGUUUAAGUCGUCCUAAGAUGGAAACGAGUUAUCUGAAUAUUGAAAUCGUCUUGAAAAAGAUCAAAUUGCGUCUUUCGAACCAAACUGCGUUACACGAACAGUUAAAACUUUUAGAAGCGAAAAAUUUGGAGAUUCCGACCGAUGCAAAGGAAUUGUUUCCAGCCAAAUUGUCCACCACGUUUAAAUCUUGGGAAUCAAUCAAUUUUACGACUUAUUGUAGCUACUCUUUUGCGAAAGAACAUUUGCGCACGGAUAUCGUGGCUGGAGAGAAUAUAUUUUUUCGAGCAUGUUUGGAGCGAGGUCGAGCACGGAUCACUGCAUUGGUCACAUUUACCUCCAAUUUCCCCAUAACGCCACCCGUGUUCUCGAUUCAGCUUGAAAAGGAGGGAGCAGGAGAAAGGAAUUCCACAAAUGAUGCCGUAAUUCGGCAUUUAGAAUGUGAAGUGAACCUAUAUUGCCUUGAAGAUUUCCAACAAUGGCCCAAAAUUCUGGCUAGUCUCCAACUACUCCGACUUAUUCAAGGGAUCGACAUUAUCUUAGAGACAGAUUUUCUAGUCGGGGAAUCUUCAAGUUCUUCAGAAUUUGUCAAUGAGAAAUUAUUGCUUCGGGCGUCAACCGGUCGGAAUCUUAGAAGACCAUUCAAAUACUGUGGAACUGGUGGGGGUUAUUUUUCACAGCGAUACUAGCACGUUUUUUAUUAGAAAUAAAUAUUUACAUAAUGUUUGUUACAUUUUACAAAGUUUAUAUAUGUAUUUACAUAUUUUUGGUCUUAAUCUUGUUAAAAAUAAUUAGUGAUGCUUAUAAAUAUUUAUGCAUUUGAUAUAAAUAUGACAAUUGUUCCUAUAUCUAUAAAUAGCCUUUGUUA